GAAGAAAUGUUCAUCUCUGUGUGCAUACAGAUGUUUUCAGUACAAAGAAAAUGGGAGAAUUUCAGCUGAUGGAAAACGUAUUAAAGAAAAAUAAAACGCAUAGCCAUUUUCUUUUACAGGUUACAGGGACAAAUUGAUUAACUACAAAAGGGGAAUUAAGAAUUUUCGCAGGCUCAUUGUGAACAUUAUUCUGAUGAUAAAAGCAUGCCGAGGAUUCCGCAGCGCAUUGAAAGGAUUCGCAGGUUUUGACCUGAUAGAGAAAGACUGUCGUCGGCAAAUUGAAGGUGACAUCAAAAGCGCCAAUAUUGUGUUUGAUCGACAUGAAUUCAGCGUUUCAAAGGAACAUUUCCCUUUUAGAGCAAUCCAAAUAACUAAGAAGCCGCCAACAUGGAGGACUGAAUCAGAAAUAAAGCACUUGCGCAACCGCUUACAGCUUUUAGAAAGUUUCCGCCAAUAUAGCCCAACGCUGCAGUAUCUAUUGGCCAAAGUUAUUCGCUUUGAACGAUUUGGCCGCAGAAGAGUGGUCAUUAAAAAAGGGCAUGAAGCAACUGCCUUUUACUUCAUUUAUUAUGGUACAGUCGCUAUCACAGAUGAUGAUGAUGGUAGCAGUGCCUUUGUGGAAACAGCUCCAACUACAAUUCAGAGGGGUGCUUCUUUUGGUGAAAUUGCCCUUUUGCAAAAAACGAAAAGAAUCGCCACUGUUGUCUGUAUGGAGGAAACGGAAUUGCUGGUGGUGGAUAAAAAGGAUUUUUUUGCCUAUAAACUAGAUAAGGAACUUCAACGGGAAUUCAAAGUUCGCUAUGACUAUUUGAGGGCUAUAGAUCUUUUUCAAACGCUGCCUGAUUCUUCAAUAGAUAAAAUAGCUAAUUACUGCAAAGUUGAGAGAUUCUAUUGUGGACAGGUGAUUACCACUGACCUUGCAGAAACCCACAGUAUGGUAUUUAUUACCAAGGGCAUUUGUGAAGUAUUGAGACUUGUUAACCUCAGCACUUGUCCAUCUUAUCAAAAAUGGAUCAUUAAACAGCUGCAUUUUCCCAAAAACAAAAUAUCCACAAAAGAAAGGUACCAUAUGAAUUCUGAUAUUGCCUGUGUUGAUAGAUUCAAAAGCAGUAUGUGGAACUCCUACUCCGGACACAAAUUGAGGGACUUGAAAACCUAUUACUUACAGAGGAAGAAUUUAUCCCGUGAAAACUAUAAAAGCUAUGAAAAGCAGAUCUGUCGCUCCAAUAAGAAUUGUAAAAGUGUAGUGAUAGAUGAGCAGAAGCCUGAGAAAAGCAUCCUUCAUGAACCGGUACCAUCUGAAGAACAAGAGAUGGUGCAGAACGUUGUAUCAGGAGUAUUCAGACAGAAAUCACACUCUACAGCCUAUGGAGAAAUGCCAAACUCGGUUGCUGCGGCUGUAUAUAUCCGACUAGACCAACUCUGUAAAGGAGAUUACUUAGUAAAUCUGGAUGACAAUCGUGUCAUUGUUAUGGUCAGUCAAGGAGUUGAGCUAAUCCGACUGAAAAAAGAAAAGAUUGAGGCAUGGGCUGAUGACAUUAUUCUCAAGAAACUGAAUAAACUAAAGGUUAAAUAUCCCAGUGAUGAUGAGCUGUGUCAGAUCUUCCUUCGACAGAAUGCCUGGGAAAUGUUUAAGAAAGAUCUAUUGAAACUUGUGAUGGAGCCCAAACUCAUGAAGAUGGUACAUCCUCCACAUCCAUGCCCUACAGCUGAAGUCUACGAUUCCUGGAGUUUGAAUCAAGAAGGAAUUUUGGAUCUUUCUUCUUUGUGUUACAGAAUACCACGGCCGCCACCUAAACUCAAAUAUGUUCCUAUUCAAUUAACCCAAACAAGAGAAAGUCUACCAGUUGUUCUACCAAAGCUGAUUCAUGGCAUCUCAGUUGUGCGUCCCAAUUUGGAUGGCGCAUUUUAAUAGCAUCAGGGUUUAGAUGCAUAAGUCAGCCAUGUAGGCACAGUUCUAAAAGACUGAAGGAUGAUGAUACUACUUACGUGUUUAUGGCUAUUUGUACAUAAAUAUGCAUUUAAUUGCCAAAGACUACAUUUCUUAAUUGACACAAUGAUUUGUGAAUCUAGUCCAAUUCAUUUUUUCUGAUAUUGCAGGGAAACAAAUUUCUUUUAUAAGGUAGGUUUCCCCAUGAAUAUAUAUAUAUGCAUCAGUAAA